AUGUGGAGAGUACCAUUUCCAAGACAUCAGAAUCCAAAUACUAGCCAGUUCUGGAAUCAAUCGAGUUCUCCAUUCCCAAGACCCGAAAACAUGGAUCCCAAUCAUUCACAGUAUCCUUUGAGAUCAACAUUCCCAAGAAGUCUAAUUCCACAACAAGGUCCAAACCCUGUUGUUCAACCACCUCGACCCCAUUAUCCAUAUGCACCAGGGCUACCCCCUCCUAACCUUACACCCCGACCACCAAACACAUAUGUCAGCCCUAGACAAAACAUACCGGCUCUUUUACCAUGGUACACACCAAGAAGACAAUUACCAAAGAUUGAGAACAAGAUGAUUCCCCCUUUACCACCUCAUCUUGUUGAACUUGUAAAACAACUUCAUGGGUAUGUUUGUUAGUUUCAUCCACCUUAAUAUUAGUCUAAAUAUAUUAUAUAGUUAUGUAGUAAACAUACAUAUAGUUAAUAUUGACAAAUUCAUCUUAAUAAUUAACUAUAUUUGCCAGAGAUUAAUAUCGGAAUGCUUCACACUAAUUCACGUUAAUUUUUAUCUCUAUUAUCCCAAUUGAUUAAAAGUAUCUUUAACAUGCAACAAAAUAUUUCGAUAAGCAUGUGGAAUAUUAAUGGUUUCUCCAGCAGUGUCCUUGGAGAUAAAUCAAAGAAUGAUGAUUUCUUAAACCAUAUAAAGGAAUAAUGAUUUUAUAUUUCUAACUGAAACUUGGUCUAACACUUCUAUUUGUAUUCCUGGCUUCAGAGCACUGUCAGCAAAUAUAGCAGAAAAAUAAGCCAUUGUGGUCGCUUUCAGGUGGCAUCACAUUGUUACUUAAAAAUCAAUUUCAAAGUUAUGUCUCAAUUGUCAAGAAAUCAGAUUUCUAAGGAAUUACUAAAUUCAAAUAAUGAUCUUUACUUAUGUGGGGUCUAUAUACCACCUGAAAAUUCAGUGUAUUUUGAAAAUGAAAUAUUUGAUAUACUAGAAGAUGAAACCAGCGCAUUUGCUGCAAAAGGAGAUGUAAUGUUAAUUGGAGAUUUUAACGCCAGGACAGGUAAACUUAAAGAUUAUGUUUCAACUCAUACAUGA